AAUGUUUCCAUUUCAGUUACCAACGGCAUCUAUUUAGAAAGAUGGGACCGGAUAGAUUAUAAGCGUAUACAAUUCCUCUUCACGGACCCUCGUUAUCCAAGGCUGCCAUCGGACACAAUCUGUCUUCCUGAUUUCCAGCAACCGCAGAAUUGGGCUGAUUAUUUCGGUGCUCGAGCAAGGACGUAUUUUGUUCCACAGCAGACCGGAAUCUACCACUUUAUGCUCUGUAAGUCCAUUUGACGAUUCGUACUUAAGGAUAUGAAAAAGAACUUGUUCGUUUAGUUUCCUCUCUAACUACGUCAGGGAAUUACUCAUUCCCGUCUGUUCUCUCUUUACACAUAUAUGUGCUUAUUGUGGUAAGAUUAGAUUUAGGAAAAGUUUUUUUACUUUCUUCCUGAAUUGGCGCUACUAAGAGGCUGACAAUUCAUUACUAGAGUGAUCAAGAAAAUAUAUGUUCUGCAAAGGCAAGCAUGAUGGCUCGUUUAGCCUGUUUCAGGGACUUCCAGGCGUUCAGGGAGUUUUCAGAUAGUGGAGAGUGGACGCGCGAAAUGGAGAGUGGAGAGAGAAAAGAAGACCAAAGGAAGUGGAAAAGAAGAGGGAAGGGUUUGUGCUCUCCUAACCCCCACCCUCCCCACGCUGUUUUUUCGUGCUCACUUUUCUUUGCCCCUUCCUCACAAUCUGAACGCCUGGAGCAGGCUAUCGUUCACCUGAAAAACUCUAAAUGAAAGAAAAAACAAACAAACAAACAACAACACAAAAAAACCGCCUGCUCUGCAGGCUAACCAAUUCCCAGCCAAGAGAGAGCUUCAGCAACCUUCACGACGACUUCUGUGAAAACGUCGCUAAGAAAUGAAUGUUUGUUGUUUCAAGCGUAUAGUUAGACGUGAGUGAUUUUUCCUGGAGUUGAAUUCUUAAAGACUGUAUUUAGGUUUAAACAGAGAAAUUCAUAAGUCGCACUGGGAAGUUUGAAAGUCAUAGUCGUGCAGUGGGCGCCAAAGAAAUGUAUGAAAAAGUGUGAUACACGUGCAGAACUGUACUCCUCCCUGCAAAAACAAAUGAGCCCGUUUAACGCCCUUAGCGGCGAGAAGCAGGGAGAAAGGCUGUAUUCGCAGGCUGGUUUUUUCGAAAGUUCAGGUAACUUUUCGGACCCUGAAAGCCGUUUCACGUUUGCCGUGUUUACAUUCAAGAUCGACGUUCUAAUAGUUUUUAAAAUUAUACAAUGAAGCUAUCAGCUAACAAAACAAAUUUGAAUAGUAGCUCACAAACUAUCCAAUUUUCCUUCGUCAACUGAUAUUUUAAUCGUAUCAUGUUCAAAAGUGUUCAUUAUUUAUCCUUGAUUGAAGGGAAGGGGCGCAUUUUCUACUGAUCCACUUUCAAUAUCUUUAAAACUGCCCCCUCGGGCAUCCCCCUAUAUCCCUUAUAUAAGUGCAAAUAAAUAAUUCAAACGAUGUGAUAUUCAAGAAUUGUUUUGGCCUCACUCUUCUUCCAGAUUUGGUGCUUGAAGCUGUACUGGGCUAGGAGCCUAAUAAUCUCCUGACUAGGUAUAGUAACGUCUGUAAGCUCACUUUCAUUGUCGGUUGAUUCACUGUCAAAAUCGCUAUCUGUUAGGUCCUGCAUCACCAGUGUCAACCUCUGUUAAAACCACAGGUUUCCAGAGUUACUCGCCUAUAAACAGCAGGCUUCAACCUUUAAGGAAAACUGAUGAAAUCUAUAAAGCUCAAAAGUUUGAGACAGCCAAGUUAGUGUUCCUUCAGCACAUAUGAAGACCCAUAUGACAAUGUAUCUGGGUAGAGUAGCUGUUCACCUUUGAUUCCAGCCUUCAAAUGCUCAAGUGUUGUAAAAUACAUUAGUAUUAUGAUUAUUAUUAUUGUUAUUACAAGUUUGACAUCUACCCCCACUAACUAUGUUGACACAGUAACUAUCCCCCCAAACCCCUCCCCCCAAGGAAGCACUUCAAACGCUUCUGCCCCCCUCAUGAUUUUGCCGAGCCCCCGCCUCCCCCAACGGGAUAAAUAAUGAAGACUCCUUUAUUGUAACUUUGAUCUUGAACUGAUGCAAACACGGCAAACACAAACAGUUUUCAGGGCCCGAUAAGUUACCGGGACUUUCGAGAAAUGGGCCAGCCAGGGAGAACGGCGGAAAUCGAGGCUUAGCCUGCGUAGCACGGCAGUUUUGGUUGGGCGCAUUCAGUAAAUAAGGGCGGGCGAGGGCAGAGAAACAGCGAGAAGAUUGGGGCGGGAGCAACUUGGUUUCUAUUUAUGUCGCAGCUUCGCCGCUCGUUCUCGCGCCUUCGUUGCUCGUGCGCACGGCUAGACGAAACCGCCAUGCUACGCAGGCUAAUCGAGGUUAGGCCGACGUACCCGCGUUUUGCUCAUAAGAUCACAGGCUGUCCAGACGUAGUGUGUGUCAAUAUAUUAAUAUUCACAUGGACAAAAUGUGAUGAAUCGUUCAAACUCCCAUGAACUAGAAUAGUCCAAAAGUCAAAAUAUAACAAAACAAAGCUAAGUUUAACUGAACGUCUCCUUCUCCUGGCCGGUUAAAGUGGCAUUUUGUUGACUUUUACAAUCGUAGGUACUAUCCAUUAGAGAACCUACAAUUGCAAAACUCAACAAAAUGCCACUUUAACCAGCCAGGAAUAAGAAGGAGACGUUCAGUUAAAGUUAUCUUAGCUUUGUUUCGUUAUAGUUUGACUUUUGGACAAUUUUAGUUCAUGGAAGUUUCGACGACUCAUCCCAUUUUGUCCAUGUGAAUAUUAAUAUAUUGAUACACACCACGUCUGGGCCGCCUGUGAUGAAAUCAAUUGGUUUUUGACGUUCCCGUUGCAGCCGUUGUCGUAGUUGCUUAAGCCUCCUAAUAACGGCUGCGAAAGAAAAUUUUACUGAUUGUACUCGAUAACUCUUUUUUCAGCUUCUGACGCUGGAAGCGAGCUGUUUGUUAGUACCAAUGAGAAACCUGACUCAAAGUCAAAGAUUUCUUACAUAGCAGGAGGAUUUCCAACUUAUCCAUAUGAGUUUGACAGGUGA